GAUAGAUCAUCCAGGCCACUAGUUCUGCUUCCAGUCCAGGCAUUAUCUGGGGAAGCAACACUUAUGGAGAAGGGAAUCACUUACCCAAUCACCAUAUGCAAUGCAGAAACUUUCCAAGCACUGGACCACUUUGAAGCCAGAAGAGAGGACAUAGUGCUGGCAUCUUAUCCCAAGUGUGGAUCAAACUGGCUUCUCCAGAUCUUUAGUGAAUUAAUAUGUGCCAUCUCCCCCCAAAAGUAUGAACAUCCAGAAUUUCCAGUUCUUGAAUGUGGAGACCCAGAAAAAUAUCAGAGGAUGAAACAAUUCCCAUCUCCAAGGAUUUUGGCAACUCAUCUUCAGUAUGACAAACUGCCCAAGUCCAUCUUCACAAACAAAGCCAAGAUAUUGGUGAUGUUUAGAAAUCCAAAAGAUACAGCAACAUCUUUCUUUCAUUUCCACAAUGAUGUCCCUGAUAUUCCAAGCUAUGGCUCUUGGAAUGACUUCUUCAGCUAUUUCAUGAAAGGACAAGUUUCUUGGGGAAGCUACUUUGACUAUGCAGUCAAUUGGAACAACCUUGAUGAUGAAAACAUUAUGUUUAUACUAUAUGAAGAUCUGAGAGAGAAUCUAACUGCGGGAGUGAAACAAAUGGUGGAAUUCUUUGGAUUCUCUCUGACGGGGGAGCAGAUUCAGACUAUUUCAGACCGGACCACCUUUCAAGCAAUGAGAGCAAAGUCUCAGGAAACGCAUGGUCCAAUUGGGCCAUUCCUUUUUCGAAAAGGUGAAGUUGGAGACUGGAAAAAUCUGUUCAGUGAAACUCAAAGUCAAAAAAUGGAUGAAAAAUUCAAUGAAUGUUUAGCAGGCACUCCAUUGGGAAUGAAAUUGAAGUAUGAUACACAUUCAACCCAAACAGGAGCCCUGAGGAAAAUCCGACUUGAAAUGCAGAUCAACUACUCUGUAAGUUAUAGUUGCCUGGGUCCUGGAGACAUUAAACAACUUGUACAAGAUAAGGCAGCCACUAACGGUAGGGCGGGCCGGAGCCCAGCGGUCCGAAGUGGGGCGGAGCCUAGGCAGAAAACGAAACUGAGCAUUAGUUUCACCAACUCGUCGCUAGAGCCGGCUGCUGCGCGCCUGGAGCGGGGCUGUCGAGCUUGUGGGACAGUGGUCGGAGGUUCUGCAGAGCUCGCGUAUGUGCGUGUGAGAAUGUGUGUAUAUGUGUGGGGUGGGGGUGAGUCUGACAACUGCAGCCAGGUGCAGAUUCCCUUUGGACCAGAUGGCCCUGAGGCCCUUGCGGCCCUGAAAAAGGAAGCCCUUGGUGGCUUUGGGCUCCCUGAGCAGAGCGCGGGCAAAAGUGCUGGCACUCUGGGAGAUGACGCAAUGACAGGAGGGCGAGAUGAUCGCGGUCCCGACACUUGGUGA